AUGGCUGCUCUGAGGUUCGCGGAGAGGACGGGCCCGGGCGUCACCGACCUCUGCGAGGACGAGGGCGUCCUGAGCCAGAUGGUGCAUUCUGUUUUCGAGGACGUGCACUGGAUUUCCCCCGAUCCGGCCAAGUUCGAGAACACGCCCCCGCAGGUCGCGCCCAUCACGCGCAGAGCGAACAACGACCUCUGCAUUCAAACGUCGGGCGAGCACCGCACCCAGGGAGCGGACCGGAGCACCCCAACCAGCAUGUCCGAGCGGAGGGUGCCGCAGCGAGUGGUCGCCGACGAGGUCGAGAACGAUACUUGCAGCGUGAGGAGCGCGUAG